GACCUCACGAUCGCUAGACGACCAGUGACGAUCUGACAGUACGCGCCUCCGCGCGACAAGGUCACCGCUACAACCGCCAGAGCGUUCACAGUAUACAACGGCCUGCAGUUGAGGCGGUUCUAUUAGACACAACGACCUGCCAAGGACCGGGUCACCGGCCCACACGAUCUCAGCCAAGUGCGACAUUCGCAUCCAUGCCGCUCGUCGCGUAGUGGCUGAACACGUCUCUGGUUGCGCCAGCGAUGCCGGUGAAGGAAGAAAACGGAAAGCGCAAAGCGAGCGACGAGCCUUCGUCGCCGCUCGCCAACAAGCGCGCGAAACAUGACGAAUCGGGCGACUCCGACAAGGAGAAGGAAAAGGACGAAAAGCCUGUUUUGAAGCGGAUUCCGUUCCCAGAGAAGCCAGCGGUUAUUGAGGAACGAGAAGGGGAGAUCGAGUUCCGGGUGGUCAACAACGACAACGAACGCGAAUCGCUCAUCAUCCUCACCGGUCUCAAAUGCAUCUUCCAGAAGCAGCUCCCCAAGAUGCCGAAGGACUACAUAGCCCGACUCGUGUACGACCGGACACAUUUGUCGAUCGCCAUCGUGAAGAAACCGCUCGAGGUCGUGGGCGGCAUCACAUAUCGCCCUUUCAAAGGCCGGCAGUUUGCCGAGAUUGUGUUCUGCGCCAUCAGCAGCGACCAGCAAGUCAAGGGCUACGGUGCACAUCUCAUGUCGCAUCUGAAGGACUAUGUAAAGGCGACCAGCGACGUAAUGCACUUCCUCACGUAUGCGGACAACUACGCCAUCGGUUACUUCAAAAAGCAAGGCUUUACCAAGGAGAUUACGUUGCCGCGGUCAGUGUGGAUGGGAUACAUCAAGGACUAUGAGGGAGGCACGAUAAUGCAGUGCUCCAUGGUUCCUAGGAUUCGCUAUCUCGAAAUGGGUCGCAUGCUACUUAAGCAGAAGGAGUGCGUCCAGGCCAAGAUCCGCGCGUUUUCAAAGUCACACGUCAUCCACCAGCCCCCGAAGCACUGGAAGAAUGGCGUGACGCCACUGGACCCCUUGACGAUAGAGGCGAUUCGCGCGUCGGGCUGGUCGCCUGACAUGGACGAGCUGGCGCGGCAGCCCAGGCACGGACCCAACUAUAACCAGCUCCUGCACCUGCUCAACGACAUGCAGAACCACGCGUCGGCAUGGCCCUUCCUCAACCCUGUCAACAAGGACGAGGUCCACGACUAUUACGAGGUCAUCAAGGAGCCCAUGGACUUUAGCACAAUGGAGACCAAGCUCGAGGCAGACCAGUACGAGACGCCAGAGGCGUUCAUCAAGGACGCCAAGCUCGUCUUUGACAACUGCCGCAAGUACAAUAACGAGACGACGCCCUAUGCCAAGAGCGCCAACAAGCUCGAGAAAUUCAUGUGGCAGCAGAUCAAAGGGAUUCCCGAGUGGUCGCAUCUGGAGCCAUGAGGCCGCCUGGUGCUGAUGCUGGUGGCAAGACUGGAUAUGGCACAUGUUGGUUGUCACCCUGGACCAUCUCACUUUUCUGUUGAUCUUGUGGACUUUAUAUAUAUAGGCGCAACAUGGCUGGGCGGGGCAAUUGGGGUUUUGCUUUUGAAGCGAUCAUGAGAGAAGAUGGCGUUCUGGUUUGAUUUUCACCAUUCUCUAGGCCGGUCGAGGACUUGCUUUGACUCUAUGCGAGUUUGAGACGUGCACAUGAACAAUGAGAGCCUCGU